AUGUACCAUAGGUUACUUCUGUUUCUUGUAGAGCAAGAAGACACUAAAGUUGAUCCUCCUGCUGAAUGUCCAAAAGUUGAAAUAGAGCCAAACAAUGAAGCAGAUGGUGAAACAAGUGAAAUCCAAACAACUUCUCCAUCCAAAGAUGCAGAAGAUGAUGUGAAACCACCUAGUCUUUUGGCUGACGCAGAAGUAGAAAAUGGCAUAGUUCCUCUAGCUGAAUGUCAAGACUACAAUGACAGAGGGGUUAAUGGGUUGGCUUUUGAUGUUCCAGAAGGUGCAGAGGAUCCUCAUGUUGCAAACAAGAUAUCAGAUGAAAGAGAGGAAGAGGACACAAAACUUGAUCCUCCUGCUGAAUUUCAAAAGGUUGAAGUAAAACCACAGAAUGAAGCAGAUGUUGAAACCAUUGACAUCAAACCAACUUCUCCAUUCACAGAUUCGACACCACUUGAGGUACUGCAAGAAUCAAUUUUGGAGGAGAAUCUGCCGCAACAAAGCGAUCAUCAGCUACUGAAGCAAGAUUCUAUCAAAAAAGAGGACGAGGGAGGGGAAAAUGCAACUUUUGAUAUAAUAACUUCAUCAAACGAUCCACCAGAGCCUCAAGAAAGUGUAGACUCAAAAUUUGAUCAACCUGAAUUGACUACAAUUCAUGCCGAUCCACCUGUACAGGAUAGCAACAUGCCUUCACAAAAAAUUGAGGAUAUCCUGCGAUCAAAUUUGACUUGUUCAGGGGAGGAAAAUGGUAAACCGAUAGAUAGUAGCAUACCAAAAGAUAUCGGUGAAAGUGCUAUUACUGCUUCUGAUCCAAUGGUGGAUGUAGAAAGUGAUGACUUGACUGUGAAAGAAAUGGCAUCCAAAGCAGAGAGAUUGGAAAUUAAAGGUGGAGAUGAGAUUAGCAAUGGUUUAGACGGAAACACAAUGAUAACCUCAGAAUUCUCCUGUGGUGUGGGAAACAACUGCGACGGGGAGUUACCAACUGAGAUUAAUCCAAUUAGAAGUGGUUCCCCUGAAGUAGAGAUCGAAGACAUUUUUAUGGAUAAGUCACUAAACUCUCACCAACAAGUCUCUGCAACUACAGAUGACUGCAUAGUUCUUACAGAAGAAACCGUGUUGAUAAUAAAUGAAGCAGAACAUGGGGAGAGUAAGUCUAAUCAUUACCCAAAUCAAUCUUUUGAGGAGUCAAUUAAAAGAUCAAAUAUUGACAACGUAAAUGUGUCUACGUCAGAAGGCAUGAUGAUCGAGUCUAAACCUGAGAAAAAUGAAAAGAGAACUGCAGAUUAUGUUUCUUGUGAUUCUGGGAGCAAUGAGGACUACAUUGAGGAGGCACAGGUUACGGAAGAUGAUCACCUAGUUGAUGUGCAUAUUAACUAUCAGGCUUCCGUGGAACCUUGCAAGGAUUCACAAAAUGAAGAUGAGGUGGUUCCUGAAUCCGGAAUGGUUAUGAAGGAGUCAUCUCUUACUGAUUGCAAAAAAAAAGAGGCGUCUGAGGAGAAGAAAAUGAUUGAAGAAACAGAAGAGACAACUAAAGCUUCAUGUAUCAUUGGAGAUGACACAGAAGGAAGAGAAAGCCAAAAGCAAUGCGAGUCUCCAACACUGCCGGCUGAACAAAAUGAAGCAUUUCUCCCAACACUUCCGGCUGAACAAAAUGAAGCAUUUCUCCCAACGUCUCAGCUUUCUCUUGUCCAGCCUCAAGACAGCAAACAGAACUGUGAAAAGGAAUCUGAUAAAAUCCAGAGCCGCAAUGAGUAUAUCUCUGAGAUAAAGCAAGAAGGUCUCCCCAAGUCCUUUGUUACUGAAGCUUCAUCUUUUGAUUCCACAAACUCGAUGGCAGAAACUUUAGUCUCUGUGGAUCAGCUGGUCAUUGAGAAAUCGGAGCAAGAUCUCUCACAAUCUGCCGCAGAGACUAUAGCAAUUGUAGAAGAAUCUAACACUCAAGCAAACCAUCUCAGUGGACAAGGUGAAAUAGUUGAAACACCUGCCUUUGCAACUGAUGAUACUCAGGCACCAGAAAGCACGGAGAGACUCAGCACUGAAUCAAACCCUGACGCCUCAAACAUACGAGCUCAGAUGCAAAAAUCACCAAGCUUUGACCUUGAUCUCCAAAUUGAAGCAAGGACAGAAGAGUCAGAUCAAACUCCACUCUUGUAUCGAGAGAAGACUGCAAUUGAGGACUUUUCAAGCCAGGCAGAUGUUAGUCUUGCAUAUACUGAAUAUGGUCAAGAUAAGCAUGUGUAUCAUGCAAUGCCAGUGGAAGAAAAAGUUGUUACAAUGGAAAGAAGCGAAUCUGAGAAGUCGAAAACUCCAUUCCUAGGCUUCUUGAAAGAAGAGGAAGAGGCGCAUAUCAAAGUCACACCACAGAAACAUGAUAGCAACAAUACUGCAAAGAAGACAAACAAGGAAUUCCUGAACUUGCCCACAGAGGAAGUUGCCUCAACUUCACCAAAAAGUAAGGAGAAGCGGAAGCCGAGGUCUUUCCUCUUCACCAACUGCAUGUGUUGCACAACUGUGAUAAAUUAAAAACCUUAAAAUAUUUCCAGUUUUCUUCUAUCUUCACAUUUUGAUUUGUUCUGGUUGAGUUUUCUGAACUUGGGAGUUUUGUUCAGGAGGGAGUCUGUUGAUUGGUUAGUAUAUUCAACAUAAACCAAGAAAGUAAAAAUUUGUAACCAUGACAAUCCAUUGCUUUUAUUCUUUUUUCUCUCUACACUUUUUUUCUUCUAGACUUACAAUGUCUUUGUGAUGUGAGUCUUGAAGAAUCUCUUGAUGUAAUUUUUGAGCCCUUUUAUUUGUUUGAUCGGUUGAAAGAAUAUGUAUGGUUUGGAGAGGAGAUUGUAAUUAAGGCAGAUUUGCUGCCACUGAUUGUAACAUUUCUUGAUUUUAUUUAUAAUAAUACAAUGAUG